UAGGUGGUCUUGACCACAACACUGUCUAACAGCAUACGUUUGUUUUCUGUUUAAUCCAAUAAAUGUCACAUGCAGUUAACUCUAUCACUUCAUUUUGUUCUAAAACAUUAAAAUUGGUGAGCUUAUCAAUUCAACAUUUAGUGCUUUUGACCACAGUGGUCCUUAUGAGGGUAUAGUGAAUUCUUUAAAGUAAGAUCAAGUUGAAAAAAACUAGUACUAUAGUUUGUUUUCUUAUUAAAUUAUAGUCUUAGAUAAAUGUGAAUGCUUAUUUAAAUGUUUUUCUUUACAAAAUUGAAAAAUAUAGUCAAGUAUUUUAAAUACUGCCAAAACUUGAAUUACUUUUAAGAAUAAAAAACUAAUUAAUUGAAGUACAAUUAAAGUAUCUCUCUUAAAAAUGUUUUGCCAUUCUGAGUCACUGCCUUGUGGCACACUUCACUCUCUUCCUAAACCUGUUACACUUGACACCUGCUGUACUUUCUAAGGAAUUAAACAUUUGCUCUCAGCAUGCAUUCCUCACCUACAGGAAACGUAGGGUGUGACCAGGGCCUUUAAAAGUGGCCCGCAGUUGAUUCCCAGCCACAGAGCUUUCUACUGUUCCAGCAUCUGAAGUGGAAAAGCUGUGCAGAGAGACAACCAUGUUCUCAUUGUCCAAUGACCUGAGCAGCUCAGAUGGCCUCAGCGACUCCAGUGGUUUCCCGCAGGCCAGUCGGUUCAGCAGCUCCAACGGCUUCAGCUCAUCAAAAAAUCACACCUAUUCAGCUUUUAAGGAAAUGGACCUCCACUGUGAGACCAACAACAAUGACCAUCACACCAGUCAAAUCUCAGUGAAUAAGCUGAUUGUGAGAAGAGGCCAGCCAUUCAACAUAACCCUUAAAAUGGCAAAACCUUUCAACCCCGACUCAGAUCAGCUCACCAUGAAAGUUGUGACUGGAAAAUAUCCAUCUGAGGAGCGAGGGACCAUGUCACGUUUCGGUGUUUCGGACAAAGUAGAACCUUCACCAUGUGCUAUAGCAGUAUGGAAAGCAGAGCUCCAGAAAAACAGUCUUCCUGAAACAGGAAUGUUGGCUCUGACCAUAACGCCGCCUGCUAACGCUCCUGUAGGGGAGUACAAACUUUCUGCAGGACUUAAGGCUGAAGAAAAUGAGUUAGCAGAACUUUUUGUGCUCUUCAAUCCUUGGUGUUCUGAGGACUGGGUGUUUCUGCCCAAUGAGGUGGAAAGACAAGAAUAUGUUAUGAACCAACAUGGAAUAAUCUACAAGGGUUCUGAUCAAUACAUUCAUGGACUUACCUGGGACUUUGGACAGUUUGAAGAGGACAUGGUGCAAAUAUGUCUGAAGUUGCUCGACCUCAGCAGGAAACACAAGCGGAACCCAGCAGACGACGUUUCUGCCCGCUGUAACCCCAUCUAUGUCGGCCGUGUGGUUACCAAUAUGGUUAACAAAGAGGACACCAACAAUGGCGUCCUAGUGGGAAAAUGGUCAGGCAAUUAUGGAUUCGGUUUCCCACCAACUCACUGGAGUGGCAGCUAUGCCAUCCUUAAGCAGUGGUAUACCACCUCAUUCAAGAGAGUCAAUUAUGGACAGUGCUGGGUGUUUGCCGGCAUCAUGUGUUCAGUGAUGCGCCUGCUGGGAAUCCCCUGCCGUGUGGUCACCAACUUCCAGUCUGCUCACGACUCCAACGCAAACUUGAUCAUUGACAAAUACUAUGGUGACUUUUUAGUUAGACCAAAAGAAACCGAUGAGCAUGUCUGGAACUUCCAUGUCUGGACAGAGGGGUGGAUGAGGCGUCCAGAUCUGGCAGAAGAUGGCCGAUAUGAUGGCUGGCAGGCGCUGGAUGGGACUCCACAGGAACUGAGUGAAAACGUGUUCUGCUGCGGUCCAGCUCCAGUCUCAGCCAUCCUGAAAGGAGACGUUCACCUCAAAUAUGAUGUACUGUUUGUCUCCGCAGAGGUCAACGCCGAUGUUGUUUCCUGGCUGGUUAAAAGAGAUGGAUCCAAAGUAGAGUUGUUCUCUGACACCAAGAGUGUCGGACAGCACAUCUCCACUAAGGCUGUUGGCUCCGACGAGCGAAUGGACAUCACAAAUACCUACAAAUACACCGAAGGAUCGGCGAUGGAGAGGGCCGUCUUCAGAUACGCCCUUUCCAGACUGGACAUAAACAACACAAAACCCCCGGAUGGAAAUGCAGAACCGCAACUGAUCAUUAAAUUUGAAGAGGAGUCCACACCAGUGAAUGGUCAGGAUGUGAAGAUGAAGCUGGUGCUGAGAAGUGAAGGCAGCUCUGCCAGGAUGCUGUCCAUCGCCGUCAGCGUCCAGGCCAUGACGUAUACCGGCAGACUGAUGGAAAACAUCAAGAACGAGGUCAUCGAGAAAGAGCUUCUCCCCGGGAAUGAUCUGAUCAUCCCCAUCCAGGUCCCGUACUCGUCCUAUGGUAAACAGAUGGUAUCCUGCCAGACCAUGAAUAUUUCAGCCCUGAUCACUGACCUACAGAACAAUCAGUUUUACGUGGCAGAUGACCGUAUCGUACUGAAAGAUCCGCCAUUCUCCCUCAUCGUGCCUGCUGAAGCCAAAGUUUACCAGAAAAUGACUUUCAAAGUGAACUUCAAGAAUCCAGUCAAUGAGACCCUGACAGGUUGCACUCUGACUGUCUCUGGAUCAGGCCUGGUGCGAUCGGAGGAGACAAUCAAAAUUCCAGAUCUGAAGCCUUACAAUAGAUUGGGUGUGAAAUUAAGCCUUUUCCCCUACAAGAGUGGAGAAAAGACUCUGCUGGUGGACUUUGACUGUUCCUCUUUCAGAGACAUCAAGGCCAGCCGCACUGUUAACGUCAAGCCUUAAACUCUAGAAAGAAAAACAUGUUUGAUACACACAUUGAUGCAUGCAUUGAUGAUGAAGGCUUCACUGAAAUAAAUGGUGGUUUGAAUAAAUCGU